UUUGGUAGUUCAACAUGCAUAUCCUGUUAGUCAACGACGAUGGCCCACCCAACAAGCGCCUCUCACCCUACGUGCGCCCUCUAGUCGAUGAGCUCCACGCCGCCGGCCACCAAGUCUCCGUCGCCAUCCCCUCCGCCUCACGCUCAUGGAUCGGCAAAGCCCACAUCAUCGAAGCCUCCCUAACCGCCAGCUUCGUCCACCCAGACUCCUUCCAUGACGACGGAACCUGGGACGAACACUACGAGCCAACCCCGGAAUCCGCACACCUCGCCGACUGGGUCGUCAUCCAGAACGGCACCCCAGCGAGCUGUGCCCAGCUCGGGUUAUACAAUCUCUUCCCGGACCGCCCGCCCAUUGACAUAGUCAUUUCGGGCCCCAACCAUGGCCGCAAUGCCUCGACGAUUUACAAUUUGUCCUCGGGGACUGUGGGCGGUGCCCUGGAGGCCGUGUUCUGUGGUCAACGCGGUAUCGCGAUUUCCUUUGGUAGUAAGGAUGCGCAACCUGCGGAUGUGAUUUCCGCUGCGGCGCGGCAUGCUGUUCGGGUUGUAGACCAUUUGAUUUCCCAUUGGGAUGAGCGGGUGGAGUUGUAUAAUAUCAAUGUCCCGAUGCGCAUUGAUGUCGAGACCGAGCCGGUUCUGUACACGCGUACCUUGCCGUAUUACUGGUCGCGUGGCUGUUUAUAUGCCGAGACCGAGACUGAGCCGAAGACUAAGAAGAUGGGGAAUGGGGCGUUGACGAAUGGGGUACACAAGGAGCAGCGUGAUGAGACUGCCGUGAAUGGAGUGAAUGGUGUCAAUGGCACCAACGGCGUCAACGGUGUCAAUGGACACGUCGAAGAGCCGAGCCGCAAGCAGCGCCAUUUCAAGUGGUCUGCUGACUUGUCGGACAUGAAGAAGAGACUCCAGGAGAGCGAGGAGGGUACAGAUGCACACACCGUUCUGAACGGAUCAACUAGUGUCACCGCUCUCCGCGCCAACUUCUGGCACGUCCCCGGUCUUGACGGGCCUCUGCACCUGGAUCAAUAA